AUGUCUCCCUCAUGGAUGUCGCGAUCUCGUGGACAGGCCGAUCAGGUUGAUGGGCCACUCAAGGCCUCUGAAAAGAGAUCCUGCCUCUCACGCCAGUCGAAAACUUUCUGGAUGCUGCUCGUCGCAGGCAUCUUCCUCCUAAUCAUCGCCAUCGGGCUCGGAAUCGGUCUCGGCAUUGGCCUGACGCGAGGCUCCUCAGGAGGCAACUCGGGAAAUGGAGGUGGGGGAUCAGGCACCCCUUCAAGCCCGAAUAGCACCACCAAUGCUACCGCUGGCGAGUACUGGAAACCGGCCGCGGGCACAUCCUGGCAAAUCGUCCUCGAAAACCCACCUACAGACACAUCGCUAAACGUCGCGGUCUACGACAUCGACCUUUUUGACAACACCGCCUCUACGAUCUCCAAGCUACACGCCAAUGGCCGCAAAGUCAUCUGCUACUUCUCAGCCGGCAGCUACGAGCCCAACCGCGCCGACUCGGCGCAGUUCAAGAAGAGUGAUUACGGCAAGGGACUCGAUGGCUGGCCCGGCGAGUACUGGCUGAACACGAACUCGGCCAACGUCCGCGCCAUCAUGAGCGCGCGACUGGCUCUCGCCCAUAGCAAAGGCUGCGACGGUGUCGAUCCCGACAACGUGGACGGCUACGACAACGACAGCGGACUCAGCCUCAGUCCCAGCACGGCCGAGGACUACCUGCGCUUCCUGGCCAUCGGCGCGCACAGCUACAGCAUGUCGAUCGGGCUCAAGAACGCGGGGGCGAUCGUCAACGCCACGCUCGACUUCCUGCAGUGGGAGGUCAACGAGCAGUGCGUGCAGUACGAGGAGUGUGAUCUCUUCCGGCCCUUCAUCGCAGCUGGGAAGCCGGUUUUCCAUAUCGAGUACCCUGGUUCCGCACCGUCUAUUUCGGCGAGCGCGCGGAAGAGUGCGUGUGAUAAUAACGAGGCGCAUGGGUUUUCUACGGUUAUGAAGGAAAUGGAUCUGAAUGACUGGGUGGAAGAUUGCUGA